UUGCGCACAGCGCACGAGCGCUCGGUGCCUCAGUUCCUCAGUUCCUCCGUAGCAUCAUCGACCGUUGCGUUCGUCGUGGAACAGAGUAUCAGAUAUUUUCACGAUGCGCGAACGUAAACGUUUAUUCGUGGCAGGAAGAACGUGAAUAAACGCGUGCAGUGAUGUGACUCGGUCCCUGGAACCAGUCGACACUCUUCGAGAUUGCGCAGGAUUCGUGUUCCGCGAUGGUCGAUCGCCCGUUCCGUACGAACGGCGAGGUUAAACCUCCUUUCAGCUUCGCCGAGAAGGUGCACCGCGACUGGAUCAAGUCGGAGAGCCCGGAAAAGAUCGUCAGAUACGGACAGACCGAAGACGUAUGCAUUUUCUGGAGAAAGAGCCCGCUGUGCAGGCUGACCACAGAUAACGCAUCUUACAAUUGGAACUUUUGGAUAGUGACGCGCGGUAAACAGUUGCAAAGAGUAGCGCUGACGCUGGAUCAGAACCGAAGGAACUUUGCGUUGAAAUCAGUGAUUUACGAUAGCAAGGAGAUCGGUGUGACGAACGGUCAGGAAUGGUAUAACUCAGAAUUGGAAACCGUAGAUGCGAACGGGAACGGGAAGGAACAGUCGCAUUACUUUAUCGAUGUUCACUUUGCUGCCAAUAGAUAUGGCACAUACCGGCAAAGAAUGCUCCUUUACUUCGGCGACUAUCCCGUGUUGCUACAAAACGUCUGCGUGGACUGUCUGCCUAUCGAAGAUUUAACCAGAAUCGAGGAGGCUACCGAUUACCAAUUUACACAGAACCCGAACGCGUGGAACGACGGGAUCAAUCGUAUACAAUGGUUCGAAUCGCCGUUCGUUGCCGCGAAAGAUCCAAAGGAAGAGAGACUGUCCAUGAUCUAUUUGUAUCCUAACAAACACAACUUCUUCUUGACUCAAGAAACCCUUACGGACGAACGUCUAACGGCAGAAAAUUACAGAGGCCGUCUACACGAAUUGAUCAACGUCGAAGAGCUAGCUAGGCACGAGCAGAUCGCCAGAUACAAUGAGACCUCGUACAUGCGUCUUCUCAAUCAUUACGUUCUCACGUUGCCCGGCGACGCUUCCACCAUCGCCAAAUACGCGCCGCCCGGCGAGCUCUUCGCUCAGCUGCCACUCAGCCGCGGUAUCUCCGAGGAUACCAAGAGCGGCCGGCUGUUCUUGCGAGGCUGCAACAAAGUGCUCUUCAAGAGCAAGUGCCCGCAGCACGUGAAAGCCUCGAAGGCGAUAUUCGAGGCGCACAUAGAGGACAAGUGCACGCACACCGUGUACGUCAGGCUGUCGAAGGAGUGCGUGCAGACGUUGAACGUGACGGCCGACUCCGACCUGCACGUUCAGGUCCAGUUCUUGUUGAACCGUUUGCCUUACUGCGAGUGGCACAAGGCCGUCGACAGCUUGCCGGACAUCGGUCUCGUGUUCCUCGGGAAAGAUCACGUGAACAUGAACGACCGUCAGGGUUUCGCGCAGUUGCUGGAGAGGAACGCGAGCAACGUCCGCGUCCCGUUGUUGAACGACGAGCAGAAGAAGGCCGUGGCAGUGAUCACGGCCUCCGUAGACGUCCCGAUGCCACCGAUUCUCCUGUUAGGCCCGUUCGGAACGGGGAAAACGUUUACCAUCGCCCAAGCGCUAAGACUGUUGCUCACCGGCGAUUCCGAGCACAAGAUUUUGCUGUGCACUCACAGCAACAGCGCGGCCGAUCUCUACGUAAAAGAGUUCUUCGACGUCUGGUACAAGGCCGAGAAGAAUCCAAGACUGAAGCCCGUUAGAAUUUAUUACAAGGGAAGAGCCAGGAACACGGUACACCCGGUGGUUCAGGAGUAUAGUUUGAUGAGAGAUAACGGUACGUUUCGCGAUCCGACCGACGAAGAUCUGAACGACUGCGGAUUGGUCGUGACCACGUUGGCCACCUCCAGUUCUCUGACCAGUCUGAACCUCUCGUUCACGCACAUAGUGAUCGACGAGGCUGCUCAGGCGCUGGAAUGCGAGGUCCUGAUACCUCUGGCACUGGCCACGCCGAGGACGAGGCUCGUCCUCGCCGGAGACCAGAUGCAAUUAGCGCCAGAGAUCUAUAGCGAUCUAGCCUACGAGAGAGGACUGGGCAUCAGUCUGUUAGAGAGGAUCUACGGAAUGUAUCCCGCCGCGCAUCCUUGUAGAAUUCACCUGGACCAGAAUUAUCGAGCCCACGACGACAUCGUUCGGUUCACCUCCGAGGCGUUCUACGAAGGACUCGUGGAACCAGCCGGGAAAAACUUGCUCAGGCAUCCUGUCCUGAAACCGCUCACUUUCUACGCCGUUCAAGGAGUCGAAAUUCAGGACUCGACAGGGUACGCGAACAUGAACGAGGUCUACGAGCUGGUGACUCGAGUGCAAGAGCUGAGGAACAGCUGGCCGACGGAUCGCUGGGGCGCCUACGGGGAGAAAUCGAUCGGCGUGCUAGCGUAUUACGCGGAGCAAGUACAGAGGAUCCGCGCCGAGCUCAGGGAACACAGACUGGCGGACGUGUCCGUGGAGAGGGUGCUCAACGUCCAGGGGAAACAGUUCACCGCGAUUUUCAUCAGCACCGUAAGGACCGGGCAAUGCUGCCGUUACUCCGCCGAGAGGAACGUCAACGACUACGGUUUCCUAACGAAUCCCAGGCUACUAAACACGGCCCUGACCCGCGCCAAGUGUAUGGUGGCCGUCGUCGGAGACCCGAUCGCGUUGUCCACCAUCGGUUCCUGUAGGAAACUCUGGCAGAGAUACUUAGAAGUCGCCGAUCUGCGCAACGUCGACCGGAACACGUUGCAGAACCAGUUGACUCAAAUUCCCGAACUCCCCUCGGUCGCUCCUCUGAACCCGCUCGCCAGAGAAUUCGUUCCUCGAAGGUACGUACCGAUGGUCGAAUACGUACCCGUUCCCGUCAUGUAUCCCGUGUUCCAUCCGUUCUACUCGACGUAGUCGCGUUUAGAUGGUACCGUUUUACCGAGUUUCGCGUAAAAGUCUGCGGUCUGAUCAGCAGGAUCAGGGAUCGACUGUAUAUAACGUAUACGUGUAUGUAUCUGGGGUUUACGGGGACUACUAACCCGAGAGCGUAUCUCUCUCUCUGUCUCUAUGUGAAUAGAUUUAAGGAUUAAUUAAUUAAUUAAUCGUUGCCGAUACUACCUUCGCAUACGAAGCGUGAUCGACGAGGACCGUUUUCUUUCUAUUGCUUUACGAGACGCAUUUGUUUGAAAAUCAUGCAAUUUAUGUAACAAUACCACAACAUUGAAUUAUAAUAUAGAAAUAUAUUUUUUACUAGUUCCA